AUGGGAUUGUCUCUCCUAUUGCACACCGUUCUCGGAGCAGAUCUCGUGUGCGUUCCGGGCUUGGCGGAACGCGGAGUUCAAAGCGCUGAUUACGUUACUCGGGGCACGUUUGACUCAAUUGGCAAUGUGCGGGUGUAUAUCUCCGCUCCCCACGAUGCUGCUUUGAAAAAAGGCACCAUGAUCUACUUGCCCGAUGGAUUCGGACACGCGAAGCACAAUUUCAGACUGGCAGAUCGGUUUGCUGAAGUUGGCUGGCAUGUCAUAAUCCCGGACUACUACGAGGGAGAUGCCAUCCCGGAGCAACUGCUGAAACGGAAUUUCGCCGUAGCUCUCGAAGAUGAGCCGUGGACUCAAGCCGAGAAAGAUCUGGUUGCCAGCAUUGACUUUGAGACCUGGGUCAAACGGCACUCCGUGGAUCGAACGGAGAAGCUGGUGCACACUGUGGUGUCCUCGCUGGAGAGAGGAAAGGAAAAGGUGGCUGCCGUGGGAUACUGCUUUGGUGGCAAGUACGCCAUCCGCCUGGCUGGAACAUCUUUUGUAGAUGUUGUCGCAUCCUUCCAUCCGAGCUUCUUGGAAGCAGACGACGUAAAGGAGGGCAUCACGUCCCUUUACGUUGGACUUGCGGCAAAUGAUGAUAUGGUGCCUCCGACGCAGAAGCAGGACUUGACCUCUUGGCUGACUCAGGCUGGAGCAUUGUACGGUAUGGAGACCUACGACGGUGUUGGUCAUGGGUUUGCAUCAAGACCAGAUCCGGUUAGCCCGGAGGGCGCGCUGCAAUAUCAGAAGGCCUUUGAAGAUACCCUCAAGCAUCUGGAAGCAUCGAAGAGCGCCUUGUAA